AAUGCAUAGUUCGUUCGAUUUCUUCUUUGCGAUGCGCUUCAUACUUUGUGGCUUGUUAAUCAUUGCAGUGGGCAUAGAAUCGGCAAUGUGGCAUAAGUUUCCACACAUCGGUGGAAAUCCAGAAAAAGAAACAACGGAUUUAAAUACUCGCCUGCCCAACCACACAGUGCCACUGAAUUAUGAAAUUGUUUUGGAUACGACUUACAAUGAGGACACUGCAUCUUUUUUUGGGCAUGUAAGCGUCGAUUUGAAAGUGCUGGAGGACACACCUUUCAUAGUUUUACACGCUUGUGAUUUGAAAAUUUACACGGCUGUGACAAUAAAUGGCACACGAAUUGUUGAUGGAUUGAUCUUUGAAUAUGACAGACCUCGAUGCUUGCUCACAUUAGGAAGUUCGAGUGGCAAGUCAUUCAACAAGGAUGUCCCAAUGAAAGUCCAUAUUAUGUAUGAAGGCAGUUAUCAUACUGAUAGGGGCAUAGUGUUGCUUAAAUACCAGGACAUCGAUGGCAAGGACAGACGUUUGGCAUUUUCCCGUUUCGAACCCACAUAUGCCCGCUACGCUUUUCCCUGCUAUGAUGAACCCAAUAAACGAGCCACUUUUAAACUAACCCUACGCCAUAGUCCCGAAGUCAAGGCCAUUUCAAAUACGCCAAUGGAUGAGGAAAAUUCAACUCUUAUCGAAACAGCAUUUCAAAGAACUGAUAAAAUAUCCCCCCAUAUGUUGGGAUUUUUUCUAUCUCAAUUCAAGUACAUGGAAGGUAACCUGUAUGACAUCAAGCAAAGGGCUUACUCAAACAACGGUGAACAAUUUCCUUUAAUUCAUGCAUUUAAAAUGACCAAACGAAUAGCAGGGUAUUUUUAUUCACCAUUUAUAUUGCCAAAGUUGGAUCACAUUGUGCUACCUACCAGCAUAGACAAGGCAGAAUUGGGUAUUCUCACAUAUUCGCAAGAAGAAGUUCUGCUUACAAAAAGCACAGCAAACACUGAGGCCUGGACAAAUUUGUUUCUACGUAUUGCCCAUGGAAUAAGUCAUCAAUAUUUUGGUGGAUAUGUUUCCGUGAAAUGGUGGAGCUAUAUUUGGUUGACGGAAGGUUUUGCCACUCUUUUUUCCUAUAUGGGUGUGGAAAUGCUUUUUCCACAUUGGGAUAUUUGGCAAUAUUUUCAUAUAGAAGUCUACAACCGUGCUUUGCUUAUUGAUGCCAGCGAUAAUGCAAGGCCUUUGACUUAUAAUGUCGAAGAAAAUGAAGAAAUCAAUGCUCUCUACGACAAUGUAACCUAUCUUAAGGGUGCCUCAGUUCUAAACAUGUGGAAACAUGCUUUGACCAAAGAACUGUUUCAAGAAUCGAUUUUGAAAUAUUUUCGCGUGAACCAAUUUAAUGCCACAUCAGAAGAAGAUCUCUUGGCAGCUAUACAGAGUGUGGUAGAUAAGAGGAAAUUCUAUUUAGCUGUACCAAUUGCUGAUAUGUUUGCUACCUGGACCCAACAAGGGGGUUAUCCUCUAAUAACGGUUACUCGCAACUAUGAAGACGGCUGUUUUACUGUCUCCCAAGAAGCCUUCACGACCAACACCAAAACCAACUUCAAAAAGUUGUGGUUUAUACCCUUUAACUAUGUUUUUCAAUCAAAGCCAGAUUUUCGUGACACCAAAGCAACUCAUUACCUGCUGAAUGAGACAAGUGUACAAAUUUGUGAGAACAUUCCUCAAAAUGAUUGGCUCAUACUCAACAAACAGUCUACGGGUUAUUAUCGCAUCAACUAUGAUGAACGCAACUGGAAAUUGAUUACAGAGGAACUUCGCAGUAAUCCCUAUAAAAUACACACACUGAAUCGGGCUCAGCUACUGAAUGAUGCCUUCCAUUUGUGGAAGGCUAAUCAUAUCGACGAUAUGAUUCACAGGUCAAUGUUGAUUUACAUUCGACAAGAAGCUGAAUAUGCCCCUUUAUCUACAUUUAAAGAAAUUCUACAAUAUUAUCGAUAUAAAGCAAACAGUGAUGAAGAUUUCACAAACUUCAUGCAGUACAUCACGAGGCCCAUCUAUGAGAAACUGAGAGUCAAUGAAAGUCCCACAGACAUGCAUGCAGAUCGAUUAAAGCGCCCCAUUGUUAUCCAUGUUGCCUGUAUGUUUAAAAUGCCCCAAUGUCUGCAGGACACAAGGGCAAAACUUCAAGAGAGUUUAGUUCACAAUGCACCCAUCGAAGUCAAUCUUCAGUCGCAAGUGUAUUGCUUUGGCAUGAAAGAAGCUGCACACCAAAUGCGAUAUCAGCGAUAG